UAGGCAUUCAGGAUGCGAUCGAUAAUUCUGACGACACAACACAUUAUAAGCACAGGCCCGCAUGUCCUGAGCGUUCAUUCAUUCCAUCAACCGGCUCCACGAUGCAUCGUCUAUCCGUGUUCUGUUGCGCCGCUCUGUCGCUGUUUGCUGCCGUUCAGGCGACAGAAACCGUACUGGAAUUCGGAGGAAAACUGUUGGACGACUGUGGUACCGAUUGGACGUGCGCCAAACCCAAACUUCUCAAGUUCAUCGGCCAAACAGCGGAAAAGGACGAGUUCAGAUUGACCAGAGACCUAUCGCUGAAACGCACCCACGAAGGCAAUGAUGAAGACCAAGUCGCUAACUCGAUUCCCAACGGUGAAGAAUACAAAAAGGCCGUCGACAGCAGCUCGACUCUCCGCAUGUUGGACAGAAUCGACGAUUUCCUGAGCACUCACGAACUCCAAGUCAGCCUUCCCCAAGAACUUGGAACGUCCGUCGGACAAGUCAAAAUGCCACUGGUCGACCAAGGACACUCCUCCGUCGCCCAACAAGGCCGAAGCCGCGGUUUCGUUCGCAAAAUAGUCAUUCCGUUCCUCUUGGGCUUGAAGUUCAAGACCACUGUAUUGAUCCCGAUCGCCAUCGCCCUGAUUGCUUUGAAGACCUGGAAGGCCCUAACCCUUGGUCUGCUAUCGCUGGUCCUGUCAGCCGCCAUGGUCAUCUACAGGUUCACCAAGCCCAAAGUUGUCGGUGUCGAAAUAUUACACUACCCAUCGCCAGUGCACGCACACCACCAUGAUGGAUACGCUCACGCCAGGGCGUACAGCGCACAACAACCCGAACAGUGAUGAAUCAAGGCCAGCUGUAACAGAUAAACUGUUAAAGUGGAGCUUACACAGACAUAAUAUUAUACAUUGUUUAUUUUAUUAUUUUUUUUUAUUAUUUAUUUUACGUUUGUAAUUUAAUUAUUUAUUUAUUUAUUUUCAUUGAAAAAAAAACAACGAUUAAAAUAUACAAUUUUUUUGUAC